CACCUCCACAGAGUGUGGAAGUCAGGGUUCUCCCCAGCACACACUUGGACAGAGCAGCUCCUCAGGCCUCCAGGAUGCCCGGCCCUGCCUCCCGGACCCACCGCCCUCCUCUUUGCCUGCUGCUGACUCUGCUGCUGGGACUCACAGGAGCGGCAGGUGAGGAGCUGCAGGUGAAUCAGCCUGACAAGUCAGUGUCCGUCGCAGCUGGAGAGACGGCCACUCUGCGCUGCACACUAACCUCCCUGUACCCUGUGGGGCCCGUCCAGUGGUUCAGGGGGACAGGGCCAGGCCGGGAGUUAAUCUACAGUUUCAAAGGAGGCCACUUCCCCCGAGUCACAAAUGUUUCAGACAACACAGAGACAAACAACAUGGACUUUUCCGUCCGCGUCAGUAACAUCACCCCAGCAGACACUGGUACCUACUACUGCGUGAAGUUCCGGAAAGGGAGUCCUGACGUGGAGGUUAAGUCUGGACCAGGCACCCAGCUCACCGUGAGUGCCAAACCCUCUCCCCCCGUGGUAUCGGGCCCCACGGCGAGGGCCCCGCCCAAGCAGACAGUGAGCUUCACCUGCGAGUCCCACGGCUUCUCCCCCAGAAACAUCACCCUGAAAUGGUUCAAAAAUGGCAAUGAGCUCUCAGCUUCCCAGACCAACGUGGACCCAGAGGGAGACAGCGUGUCCUACAGCGUGUCCAGCACAGCCCAGGUGGUGCUGGCCCUGGGGGAUGUUCGCUCCCAGGUCAUCUGCGAGGUGGCCCACAUCACCCUGCAGGGGGCCCCUCCUCUUCGUGGGACGGCCAACUUGUCUGAGACCAUCCGAGUUCCGCCCACCUUGGAGGUUUCCCAACACCCCAUGGCAGGGAACCAAGAGAAUAUCACCUGCCAGGCGAACAAGUUCUACCCGCGGCACCUAAAGCUGACCUGGUUGGAGAAUGGAAAUAUGACCCGAACAGAAACGGCCUCAACCCUCAUAGAGAACAAGGAUGGGAGCUUUAACUGGACAAGCUGGCUCGUGGUGAACUCACCUGCCCACAGGGAGGGUGUGGUGCUCACCUGCCAAGUGGAGCAUGACGGGCAGCCAGCAGUCACCAAACAGCAUACGCUGAAGGCCUCUGCCCACCAGGAGGAGCAGGACACAGGUGGAACCCCUGAUGCCAGUUCAUCUGUGAUCUCUUUUCCUGCUUCAACCACCCUGGGCAUCUGGAGUUUUACAGAAGAGGCUCAGGGACCAAGGCCGAGAGCUGUCUACUACCCCUCUGGUUGUCUUCCUCCUAGGCACAAAGGUGCUGCUGGCCAUCGGUGUCUCUGCCUUCUAUGUCCACAGGAAGCGGAGGGCCUGACUGCAUCCCAGGAGAACAGCACCGGGGACAGAGGAGGCACGCAGGGAAGACUUCCGUAAUGAUGAGCAGAUAAUGAAAUGUGGACAUGUUUCCCACAGCUCCUUCUUUCCUCUCCUGCUACAUGCCACCCUCAGUCUCUGUUGCCUCCUUCCUUCCCUGAGGGGCCCAGCCUAGUAGAAGGAGCCAACUAGAAGCUUCCACGACUCUGCUCCACAUGCCUCCCCUCCCUGGAAACCUGCCUGCUCACACUCUCCUGCUGUUCCUUCCCACAGUCCGCGAUGCUCCCAGAGCUGAGUCUUCAUACAUGGUCCUGAGCAGUGGCCAUGCGAACUAGCUCUGGGGACUGGCUCCUCAUCUCCCUACAAUGUGAGAAACAAGUCCAAUCUACCCAUAUCAGGAUAGCUCUCAUCCAUCGCCUUGGGACUUGUGCAUGAAGCACCUUAUUCCAUGCAUCCAGAGUUCUUCUGUCUUCUGGGCUCCGGUCUAUCCUCGACUUCACAACCUUAUUGAGGUUCUCUAUUGCCUCUUGAGAUCAAGUGAACCCCCAUCCUGAUUUUAAGAAUAAGAAUUUAUUCUCUUUCUUCUUUCCCUAAAUGUCCUUUUCCUCAAACCCAAAAAGAAGUUUUCCCUCCUCUCUCUGUGAUGUGAACUCUUAAAUUCUUCUAUCAUCUUGCAUCCUUCCCAAUCCUGUUGCUCAUGGUAACGUGCUGUCAGUUUAAAGCCUUGGAGUCAUCUUUGAUUUCUCUUUAUCUUUUUUCUCCUAUUCAGUUCCUCCUUCAACAUGCUUAUGUCCAGCGGUGAGAUGGCAAAUGUUUAACAACUGAUUCUACAAAAGAAAAAGAGACAAACCUGAUUUGUAGUGCUUGACGAUUUCUGUCGUGUAAAACACUCCCAGUGUGCACAAUUUCAACCUAACAACCAUUUAAUAACCACCUUAAAAAAAUCCUGAAAAUGUAACAGUCGGCUUUCAUGAGCCUGUCCAAGCCUUCCCCUCCACACCCCUGAGUUAUAUCCAUAAUCUGCACACUUCUCGCCCACCACCAAUCCCUGGUCCCAGCCACCAUCAUCUCUUCCUGCACCAUCGCUAUGUCUCUAACUGGCUUUCCUGUUUCAACCACAGAGAGUCUUUGGAAAUGUAAGUCAGAUCCUAUCACUGCUCUGCUUCUCCCCCAACACACCUGCAUGGUUCACUCUCUCCCUUCUUUAAAGACUCUGCUCAAAUGUCACGCCAUUAAAGGCCCCUUCUGUAAACCACCCUAUAUAGAAUAUCAAUUCUUCUCUCACCUGGCAUUCCAAUUCCUCUUGAUCUGAUUGGUCUGGUUCCUUAGCACUUACUACCAUCUGACACACUAAACACGGCAGUGCUGACUUUGCACGGUAGUGCAGGACCGUAAGAAUGACCUGCAAACUGAAACCAUGGAAAGUGACCUCAAUACUCAAUGGGACUAAUAAUGAUUGUGCUGUGACUUCAAAAUUUUUUUGAAACAUUAGAAACUCUCUUACUGUCAGUUUUACAUAUAGAGGAAAAUGAAGAAAUAGAAAAACUAAUAUUGCUGUCAUGUGAAACAUGAAAAACAUGGAAAAUUAAAGUGUUUUAUCUCUUUAUAAAAAUGUAUCGAGAGCAGUUUGAACAGUGUUUGCCUUCUUCGUGUUGUAUAACUUAGGAUACAGAGCGAGCGUCUUUUCUGCACCUUGGUGAACCAUCACAGUCCUUUCUAAGUUUGCAUCAGCUUCUAACAUUUGAUCCUUUGUGCUCUCACUGUUGUGAAAUGUUUACGAAAGUUCCUGUAAUUUGUGGUGUCACUGCCUCUGGGACAUUUUCACCCUUUUCCUCACCACAGCUUCCCUCCUUUAUGUGGUAGUUUUGUAGUCACUGAGUUCCUCAGGCUGCACAUCUGAAAUCUUUCUUUCUAGCAGGAUCAGUGUCAGCAUCCCCACGGCUAGCUGUUUCUUCUAUAACUCCACUUACAUUCUAUUUGCAUUUCACUUCCAGCAUUAUCACUUUUUGUUUCUCUGCUGCACUUUCACCUCUGUUGCCCAUUUCCUUUGGCAAUAAUUCACUUUUCUAAAACACAUGUUUUAGAAAACAUUGGGAGACAAGGAGACAAUACAAAAAUGUGUCUUGCAGUCUGUGCAUAAACUGAGUAACAGAGUCACAGUGACCAGUCACUGAAGACUGUGAAAGAAGUCACGUGGUGGGUCACUGAUCGUGAUGAGCAUCUGUUAGUUACACAGUGAUUUGUGGACUGAAGAAGAGCUGGAGGCAAAGUUUGCAUGUAUGGAAUUGCUCACAGUAAACUUACUGUGGUAACUGGAAUUUGAAUCGUGUGUUGAGAGUCUGAUGUUAUUUAACUCAGCUGUGGCGUCUGAAUUUCAUGCACAUCAGCGCCGUGCAAAGUGAGAUCUGCCUGUGUGUGUGUCUCUUCCUCAAAUAGAUGUCAGUCUAACCAGGAAGGGACUAUCUGCAUCCUCAGUUGCCAGAACAGUGACUGUCAUAUAGCAGAGCAGCACAUUCUAAAAAAAUAUUUGAAUGACUACUUUAUCAAGGACGUUAGUUUCUACUUGAUGUUGGGUUUCAAAAUAAAACUUUCCUUCAUUCCAUCACCUGA